AAAGCUCCUCUUUAUUUCGGUUCUGAGCAGCUCUCGCUCCUCCGUUCACUUUCUCGCUCAGAAUCUCUGAGAAUAUAUAUCAAUAUCAUGUCGGCAAUUCUUCGAUGGAGAACGAAGCUAGGGCACGUAAUAAAGCCUAGAAUCAGUGUUGCUCUGUCCCUUUCACCGACCUCAUCAUCGUCUCACUACCACUCGCCGCCUCUCCGCCACUCCCACAGCCACCGCCAACCUCUGGUUCUACGGCUAGGGUUCCAGGAGCGGCACAAAUGGGACGGAGGCUCCGACGAAUUCGACAAUAUCCGCGCCCAAGUGAACUGCCCGCGCUGCUCCAAGCUCAUGCACGUUUUGUUCUCCACCCGCCCGUUGUCCAUCACCGGCAGCGAGACCGGCGUCUACCAGGCCCUAAAUCUGUGCCCUAACUGCAGGACCGCGUUCUAUUUCAGGCCGUUCAAGCUAGUUCCCUUGCAAGGGAGUUUUAUUGAGAUUGGGAGAAUUAGGGAUAGGAGUGAAGGGGAUGACAGUGGAAGGAGUGGGGGAAGGAUUUGGGAGAAGUUGCGGUCGUACGGCGGGGAAGGGGCGGAAGUGCAGGCGCCCGUGGGGCAGGCGGUUGAGGUGAAAACAGGAGAGGGGAAUGGGUGGGGCGGGGCGAAUUUGGGGAAGGAGUUGCCGACGCCGAAGGAGAUCUGUAAGCGCCUCGAUGAGUUUGUUAUCGGGCAAGAAAGAGCAAAAAAGGUGCUCUCUGUGGCAGUCUACAAUCACUACAAAAGGAUAUUUCAUUCUUCCUUAUGUAAAGAGCCAGGCAUUGCGUCGGAUGAGUGUCAAGUUGAAGAUGAUAGUGAUUCUGUUGAACUAGAUAAGAGCAAUGUGUUACUGAUGGGUCCAACCGGCUCUGGGAAGACAUUACUAGCAAAAACGUUAGCUCGUGUUGUGAAUGUGCCUUUCGUCAUUGCAGAUGCCACAACACUAACGCAGGCAGGUUAUGUUGGAGAAGAUGUAGAAUCAAUAUUGUACAAACUACUUGUGGUUGCCGAGUUCAAUGUGGAAGCAGCUCAGCAAGGGAUUGUGUACAUUGAUGAAGUUGAUAAGAUAACUAAGAAGGCUGAGAGCUUGAACAUAGGGAGAGAUGUAUCUGGAGAGGGUGUUCAGCAGGCUUUGUUGAAAAUGCUGGAAGGAACUAUUGUGAAUGUUCCUGAUAACAGAGCUCGAAAACAUCCUCGUGGUGAUAACAUUCAGAUAAAUACCAAAGACAUACUUUUUAUAUGUGGUGGAGCUUUUGUUGAUUUGGAAAAGACCAUCUCGGAGAGACGAGAAGAUGCUUCAAUUGGUUUUGGGGCACCAGUUCGUGCAAACAUGAGACUCACUGGUCUAACUAAUGCUGUGGUGACAUCAUCAUUAUUAGAAUCUGUAGAAAGUGGCGAUCUCGUCGCAUAUGGACUGAUACCUGAAUUUGUUGGGCGUUUUCCUAUUUUAGUGAGUUUAUCUGCUCUAAAUGAAGGCCAACUGGUCCAGGUCCUCACGGAACCUAAGAAUGCUAUUGGAAAACAGUACAAGAAAAUGUUUGGAAUGAACAAUGUCAAAUUACAUUUUACAGAGAAAGCACUUAGAUUGAUUGCAAAGAAAGCAAUUGCAAAGAAUACUGGUGCCCGUGGCUUAAGAACCAUACUGGAAAGCAUUCUUGUAGAUGCCAUGUAUGAGAUUCCAGACGUUAAAUCAGAAAAUGAGAGUAUAGAUGCAGUUGUGGUGGAUGAAGAGGCUGUGGGAUCAGUAGACACUUCAGGAUGUGGAGCAAAAGUUCUUCGGAGAGAUGGUACAUUGGAGCCGUUUGUUCACCAAAAAGAUCAACGAGUGUGAGCAAGGAAGCUGGACAGGCAACAGAAGUUGAGGUCUCAUCAGAAGCCAUUAGCUUGUAAUGCCUUUUUCCAGCAUGUGCAUUUGACCAUUUAUAUCACCAAGCACUCUACAGGUGACCGACCAGGCAGCCAUGCUUCAGGGUUGGGUAUGGCCAGCCGGGUGGAGUAUCUCUCUCUCUCUCUCUCUCUCUCUCUCUCUCUCCUUUUAUAAAAUGUCCUCUGUAUAUUAUUAUAGAUUUUGGUUAUCGAUAUAUGCAUACAUAUAUCGCAGUUUCCGGGGAUAUUUGCAGCCCUUGCUGAAAAGAGAAGGAUAGGAUGGUUUUUUAA